AUGCGAGUGUUCGCGGGCUCUUCAGUUGAAGAUGUAGUGCCAAGCUACCCGCGACCAGAACAGGAGAUGCCAAGCCAGGAUUUAGCACCACGACGUUCUUCCAUUGGACAUGGAGAUCUUUGGCAAAGCACGGAGAUGGGAGAAAAGCGCAAGAACGAAGUUCAUUGGUCCCUUGUCCUUGUCUGCAUGGCCUUGAUGAACUUUGCAUGUCUUGCUGCAGUGCAGGUGUCGAUUAUCGACGCGCAUGUUGCGAGCCCCUUCCAAAAACGGUUUGAUGAGAAGGACUCAGCAACUGAGAUCUACGAGAAUGCCGCGCUCUUUUCCGUCGCGCCUUUGCAAGCCUUUGUUCGCAGCAGGGGCCGCGAUGGCUUUCACGAAGUCUCUGCCUCAAGUGCCAAGCCAGCAGCGUCCGCCCCCAAAGAUUCAGAAGCCUGUGUAUUGCGAUUCGCAAGGCGGCUCCAAGCCUCCAACGGCCUCAAAGAAACCAAACCAGCUCUCUUCAGGAAGGUCAUGGAUGCAGCCGGGCUUACCAACAUGACUUUCGUGGAGGAGUUGAUGGCAGGUUGGCUUGUGACCCCCAUGCAGACCGCAGGCUUUGUGAACAAGACGCUGACGUGCUUGGCAGCGAACCCCAUGCUGGAGCAGUUCGCCUGCCGCGCAGAGGAAGCCGGGCUAACCUGGCGAGCUGAAGAUGGUGAGGGCUUCUUAGACCUGGUCCACGAGGCGAUUCAUGUUGCCAUCUUCCUGGAAGAGGUCACAGCAAGGGCUGCCGGAGAUUACUUCUUUGCUUCCAAGGUUUUCCAGUACCUCUUCCAAACGCAGCAUGAGCGAGUCAUGGCAGCUUUCGAGCAAGAGUACCAAGGGACGCGAAGAGAUUUCGCGGAGCUGAAAUGGCAAGGGGUCAUGAGAGGUCUUGAAGAUCUGUUGCUUCAGCACCACGUGCAGGCUCCCUACACCAAGGGAGAAGGCACAAGGAUGAUGACAUGGCUGCGGUUGAACAUUGCCGAGGCAGCUCGGAUGGAUCUCGGAAACGGUCGCUUGGCCAACGUCGCUGUAGCCCUUAGUCUGAUGGCCGACAUCGAUAUGCCUCCGAGCAGCAGUGAGUCCGGAACAGUCUUCCCAGUUGGCAAAGCGUGGGCAGACGCUUACAUCGCCUGGAAUUCUGCGUAUGUCCUGAGCCUCGGUGAAGUUAGCCUUCUUGCCAUUACGAAGCUCUUCAUACCAAGUGUCAGUUGCACAUCCAGUUCACUGAACGCGGAAGACUUUGUCGUCAGCCGCGUGUUCUCCCUCGCUCUGAUGAUCGCUACAAGAUCUUCGAGGGACUGUCCGGGACGUGUCCCCGCGAACAUGGUCUCCAUUUCCUUGAUGGAGGAGUGGGGCCUCAGCAAUAUGCAAACGCUUCCGCUCCCCCAUCCAGCGGAAGAAGACCUGGAAGAGAUGCUUUACGGUCUGUGCCUGAAUGCAUGUGCUCGUCACGAGUAUCUGCUGGGUAGACUUUCCGAUGAGGACUUUCGAACUCUGAUGGUGUACCUCGCUUGGAUAACGGUGUUGAUCACCGGUUGGGGCUUGGAAGCUGUCGUGGGACAACACCUCCUCCAGGUUCUUUCCAAAGACCGAGCACAUGACAUGUGGCGGCUUGCCCAGUUUCUUUUUCCUCUCUUGGCAACGGUGGCCCUCAACACUGCGGCUCGGAGGGAUUGGAUUUGCCUGUUGCCUUUGCUGCUGGCCAACUGGAAGUUUGGUUUUCCUGAGACCGCCAGCUAUCUCCAUCAAAGCCGAUGCAGAGCCAAAGGUUUGCUCAAGCACUUCUCGAGCAAAGAGCUGUCGGAGUUGCUUGCUGCUUGGAGCAACUGCUGCGGACUGCUUUUGCAUCACGGCGCUGCGUCGCUGGUGAUUGCAGGCCUUGCAGCCGGCUUGUAUCCAUUGACUCGCGAGAUCCAGUCAUGCAUUAUGCCGUUGAUUCUGCAACAUUGGCUAUGUCUCCUGCGCUAUGUCCAUAUUCGGAUCUAUUCCUUCCUCGAAUUGAUUUUGGAGGUUGCCUUUGAGGCAAGCGUGUUCGAGAGCUACGCCAGCCUCUACCAGUUCGAUUUCUCAGUCAGACUCGCUGCGUCGGGUAUGAUUUUUGCACAUUGGCUCUACCUGGCUGCCGCUAUCUUCGAUCUGGGCAUGCCCCGUGGGCCGUGUGCCAAAGAUAAUGUCAAGGAGCCGCCCGAUGUUAUCAGGGUGUGA